CUUUUCGCAUUUCGCUUAUCUCAGAAUGUAUUGAAGGAUAUUUUCAUCUCUAUCUUGAUUUUUAUUUUUCCAAUUUCUUAUUUCAUUCUUUAAUUAUUUUACUCUAUAGAGCGUCAAUGUAUUAUACAUAGUACAUACUAUUUUAACUUAAUUUAUAAACCUAAUUACUAGUUUUUGACAUCUUUCGUAAUUUCUUAUAACCAAAAUCCAAAUUAAAUAUGUUAUUGACUAUUAGCAAGUUCACCUGCAAAAUAAAACCACUAAUGAAUUAUAGGGUUUAUUCUAAAAAAAUAGAUGAAAUACUACCAAAAAACUUAUUAGAAGACAUCUAUACAGCAGCACAACAAAAGCAACUGGGUGUAAUUUAUGAUAAAAGGCCAUUUAAAAUUACACUAGAGAAAGACAAAAAGUAUAAUUGGUGUUCUUGCGGUAUGAGUCGACAACAGCCGUUCUGUGAUGGUACUCAUAAAAAUCAAAAACUCAGAAUAACAAUGAAACCAGUUCGAGUUCAAGUAGCUGAAACCAAAGAAUAUUGGCUAUGCAAUUGCAAACAAACAUCUCAUCGACCAUUUUGUGAUGGCACACAUAGACAACAACACAUACAAGAUGCAAUUAAGAAAUAUUAAUUACUGGUUGCUUAAUAUUUUUUGUAUAUUUUAUGAGAUAUAGUUUCUUUUGUUUGGGCACAUAUUUUCAAGUGGAAAAAAAUAGUUUUUCAAAGAAUUGUUUAAAAAAAAAUUGUGCUACUCUAACACUA